AUGACUCAAUGGAUGUCCCUGCGCCAUGGCUGGCAGUGCUCCGAUUUGCACAUCCGGUGUUUAAUAGUUGUACCUGGGUAUCCACGCCAGCCUGCCAACGGCUCGCAGUCCGUCCUCAACCCUCCCUCCUCCUCCUUCUCCCUCAGGCAGAACUGCACCCGAGAUCCCGGGCGUCCUGCUGUACGCCGCAAGAGCCACGACGCAAUGAAAGAUAGACAGCUCUUCUGUCAUAGGCCGGGCGGCUUGCCGGCGUUUGUAGUUAGUUUCCGCGCUGCGAAUUUCACUCGAGACAUGUGGGCAGACUUGAUGGGGACAGCAUGGCAGCAGCGUGACACCAGCAUGGCACCAACAUGGCACCAGCAUGGAAUCGCAAGAGACUGA